AUGGACAUUUUAUCAACACCUCACGUUGGCCUCCGCAACUUCACCAUCCAUGCAUCAUCCGGGCUGGGCAGUAGCAAGGGUUUCGACCCAUCGGACGUGCUCAACCCGACACAGCGCCAUGUCCUGCAAAUCCUUGCGACCGUCACCUCCAGUCUCAGUCUGGCUGCUGCACUCGUAGCGGCGUUUUGGUUUCUGAUGAUGCAGAGGAAUUUCCGACGAGAUCUGGUCUUGCUGCUCAUCCUCGGCGGAUCGUGGAAGAGCCUGUGGUUUGUCAUUUUCUCGGGUGUGACCUUUGCCACUGGGCCAAUUCACACCUCGGACACCAUCUGUCAGGUCGGCGGGUAUUGCUUACAGGCGGGAUUCGAGGCGUGUGACAUUGCCGUCUUCUUCAUGAGCAUGCACAUGUACUACCAGAUCUUUCCGCCGUCAAACUCCAUGCUCGGCCACGACGGGCUCUACCGCAUCCGCUACGUGGUCAUUAUCGCAUACAUCCUCUUCCCGAAUCUGAGCGCAGCACUAGGAUUCACGAGCAACACAUCCGCUUAUGUGGCUCAAGGUGCAUGGUGCAGCCUGCCACUUCGACCGUUCUGGUACCGAUUAGGUUUGUUCUGGGUCCCGAGGUACAUCGUCUGGCUGUAUAUCGUCUUCGUCGCCAUACGAAUCUACCGAUAUGUUGGGUCGGAGUUCAAGGUGUUUGGCGGCGAGACGGCGAGCUCGCUCAGUUACGGACUAGGAGGCGAGUCUUCGGGCGACCGUGCUGCCCGAGUGGAGAAGGAGCUCACGUCGACGAGAAGACGAUCUGAUCCGGACGUCGCACCACUGGAAGAAGCAGGUCAGCCGGAACCUGUGAACGACAUCACCUUGGCAUUCAACCCAUCACUGCCCCACGCCUUCCCGCCGGAUGUUUUUGUGACGCCGCCACCAAGUCCAAGUCGUCGAGCGAACCAAGAAUCUCCCCACCGCAGGAGUCCGACUCGCACUGCGACCCACGGGCCCGUAUCCUCCACGUAUCCAGCCUCAGCCUUGCGCAAAGAAAGUCACCCGGCCACAGUGACCGAGGACUUUGCAGCUCCCGACCCCAACCACCGACGCAGCUCCCUAGUGAGCUUCGCCUCGCAAAGAUCGUCGGGGAGGGAAUCCUUCGACGGCCCACCAGUCCUAUCCCCAAUCGUUGAAAGCGACGACCCCUUAGCACCAGCCGCACCAAAGCCCCGUUCCCGCCCAGCAACACACAACGCUAUGCGCAACCGGCGCCGCGCCAUCCAGCGCCAACUCCGCCUCCUCUUCAUCUACCCGGUCGUCUACCUGCUCCUCUGGGUCAUCCCCUUUGUCGUCAACAUCAUGAACUUCACCAAUCGCUACGCGCAGCAUCCCGUCUUCGCCCUGCAGGUGCUGCAAAUCUUCACCCUAACGAUAAUGACCCUCGCGGACGUCGUCGUCUUUUCCUGGCGAGAACGGCCCUGGCGCCACAUCCCAGGUGCGGACGGCACCUUCCUCGGCAGCUUCAAAUGGUGGCAAUACUGCUUCGACAAAAAGUGGGCGACGGGACGCCGCGCAAGUCGAGUCCCCAGCGCCAUCCCGCGCGCAGCAAAUAGCAGCGCAGCAACGACCAGCACAACCAACACGACCAUCACCGACCCCGAAAAAGGCACCGCCCCCGCAGCAGCAGCAGCAGGCCUCCUGACCCCCCUCCGCUCCUCUCUACACCGCAAAUCCUCCUCUUUCCGCAGUGUCAGUGCCCGCUCGCCUUCUUCUACCGCCGCUGCGUCCCUCGCUUCGCAUCCGACGACGCCGCAGAAGAGAAUUGUUUUCUCCGGCGGCCAUUCGGAUCGUAGGCUUUUGGAGGUUCAGCGGGCGCAUGAGCGGUUGGCGCUCGAGAGGGCGGAGUAUGAGGGGCGGUUGAGGGGAGUGAGGGAGGACCAGGAUGGUGUGGAGGGGGAAGGGAGGGGGAGAGGGAGAGAGUGGUUCGACCGGCAGUAUGGGGAUUUAUUUGCUGAUAAGGACGAAGAGGAGGGAGCAGAUGUGUAA